GAGUGGAUUUCAAAAAAGCUGCGCAAUGACUGACCUGUGUGGAUUGGUCUUGGUUCCAAAGGUUCUCUGCGCAGUGCAGCGUCAUGAAUGUUGUUCAUCACGAAUGUGAUUCUUCCAAGUACAAAAUGAGUGCUGGAGGCAGACAGGACCUCGUCAAACCAAUAACAGUCAAGAAGAAUAAAAUUUCUCCAACACCUAUUCAUUUUCAUCAGCAACCAAAAUCUGUCAUAAUACCUUCGUCUUCCUGGCAAGGAGGGUCAAGAGAAAGUGCCUUCCAACCUUACAGACCAUCAUCAACUCCUGUUUUCACAAACCUUCAACGCGGCAAUACCGAAAAGGAUAAUAUUGAACCUCAAGAUGUAGCGGAGUCAGGAUGGCACACAGCCUCUGGCAUGGGUGAUCUCACUGCGACUCAGAUUACUUCUGCUGGAUCUGAAAGGAACAUUGAAGUGAAGGAUGAAAAUGGAAUGACAGCUCUGAUUUGGGCAUCCACUUAUGGCCAGUUACCUACCAUUGAGCGACUUGUGAAUGCAGGAGCUAAUGUCAAUAAUGUCUGUCCCAAAGGUUACACUGCGUUACUCCUUGCCUCAUAUAAUGGUCACUUUGAAGUUGUUCGUUACCUUCUUGCAUUUGGUGCAAAUGUGAAUUACAGUGACGAGAGUGGCAACACUGCUCUCAUGUAUGCAGCACACAGCGAUCAUCCUCAUGUUGCCAAUGAGUUAUUACUUAAAGGAGCCAACAUUUUGUCGGAAAACCGCCAAAAAGAUACUUGUUACAGCAUAGCUGUGAAACGGAAAUCAAAAUCAGGUCAGAAAUUUCAAAAUGUGCUGGAUAUGUAUUUGAUUACUUUGAUGAGCAGCUAAACAAGUUGAUCCCAUACGUUUACAAAAUCCAGACAUGGAUCUUUCAAUUCAAACAAUCAACUAAAGAUCUGUUCUUCAAGUGAGUUUAUGACAUUUCCCUUGGAAGGGGAGAUGAUUAUCCAAUAGAGGAUGGGAACCAAAGGUAUGGAGGAAAACGUACACAGGAGCAAUGGAAACAACAGCGAUAACAAGAACUGAAGUAUUGGAAGUGGACUUAAUGAUCAAUAAAAUGGAAAUAAUGGAAACAGUACUGAAGAGAUAGGAAAUAUGGGAAACCCUGAAAAAAUUUAACCCACCGAAGCAACGGCAACUACAGGGAGGGGCCUUGUCUUAUGUUUGGAACUUUUAAGAGCUUCCAAUUUAACACCCUUAUCAAAGAAGACAAAUGGCAAAUGCCUAGAAAUUGAUAGAAACAUGGGUUAAAAUGGAGACCUUUAUGAUUAUCAGGACUUCUCAAAAGAUAACUUCACUACUCAUGAUCUUCACCCAGGCGAUCAGGGGUAGGCUAAAUUUGCGGACAAACUGUACUAACUCAAUGAGCAGGGCUACGGAGCAAUUAAGUACGAAAAUUUGGAGUGCAUUUCCUGUAUGUGAAACCCAUAAGAUUAUUGGCAAGACCAGUUCGAUAAAUAAACUGUUAAUAAGUGACUCUCACCCAAAAGAAUGAUGAACCAUGAACAUAUUAAUUUCUUCAACGCUCACCACUCGAAAA